AUGGGCGUCUACGAACUUCACGGCGACUGGCUUUUUGCACUUCAGAGCGGCUUUCUCUCGGGCAUGUCGAUUGUCAUCGCAAGCGAAGUCUUUGCCCACGGCAUUAACUUUGACAUCAAGGUCGAUGAUUCCCGGGCGACAUCAGUCCGACCUGUGAUAUUGGGCUAUGUGAGUUUCAUGGUCCUCGUUUGCAUCCAUGCUCGUGAGCACCAGACGGUGAACACCGCAGCGCUGUCGGUGAUCAUUAACUGCCUUCUGUGGGUGGUCAUUGGCAGAUGCUGCAGUGCAUUUGAAAAUGGGCGACGCUUAGGCGAGAUCGUCAACAAUAGGGCGUUGGAUGCUGCUGAGAACUGGACAGCAUAUCCGGCAAGAUCUGCUGCAGAAUGCUCUGCAUGGCUGCUCGGGCAGUACAUAGGACACAUCUGCGGCUCCAUCUUUGCAAGUGCGUUGAUCGGCACGGCUGUCGGCGUGGCUGCUGUGGGCCUCUCCGAGGUCGUCGCAUGCUGGGGGACCUCUGCUCCUCAGGCCCGGCGAACAGACAGACCCGUGAAGGGGAAGUGGAGCUGGGAUGAGGUAAGCAAGCACUCCUCGCCUGAUGACGCCUGGAUCGUCAUUGAUGGGCGAGUGCUUGAUGUCACGAGCUUUGCUCGCCGGCAUCCAGGCGGUCCUAUAAUACUAACGUAUGCUGGUGUUGAUGCCAGCGACCAAUUUGCUGCCUUUCAUCGGCCUCGAGUAUACGCGAGACUUGCACAGUUCCACAUUGGAGAGGUGGUGGGCGAUGAGUACUUGCCGAGCGAGGCGACCAAGGAGUAUCGUGCUUUGAGGAAGCGGCUGUGGGAGGAAGGCUGGUUCAAGCCACGACUCACAUAUUUUGCUUUCAAAGCGGUCGUAUGUCUCCUCCUUUUUGCCUUCGUCGUCGGGGCCCUCACUUCUUUGAACCCAGCGUGGACUUGUACCCGCACUGUGGUUGCUGGGGCAGCUUUGGGCAUAGCCUGGCAGCAGGUAGCUUUCUUGGCACACGAUGCGGACCAUUGGGGAAUCACCAACCCGCCUGUUGGCAGCUCGUUUAACCCCCUGUCGUGGUUCCUUGCCAGCGUGCUCUUUGGGAUAUCCAGAAGCAUGUGGAAUGAAGAGCAUUCGAUGCAUCACGCGAUCACUCUGCGUCCGCAGGAGGAUCCGCAAUUCCGGUACCUUCCCUUGUGGCUGAUAUCCAAGAAGGAGCUGGAUGUUGCGGGAACGCAUGUUGGAAUUCUCACCAAGACGCUGGUCUCGGUCCAGCAUUUGACCUUUUUGCCAGUGUCAGUGGUGGUCGGAAGAUUCAACUUCUAUCUAAUUUCGAUGCUAUCCGCUCUGCAGAGAGCUAUCUCAGCAACGGGCGCCAGGGAACUUAGCGGCGGUCUCCUUGAUGUCAUGGGAAUGCUUAUGUUUUGGACUUGGUAUGUCACCUUGGUCAGUAGCUUGGAAACAACCCUGGAGCGCACUCUCUUUGUGCUCGUCUCCAACUGGACAGUCGGGAUCCUUCAUGUACAGCUGGUGUUGAGCCACUUGGCGACGGAAACCUUCACGGCGGAGGAGGAGCGAGCUGAGCAGUUCUUUGCGUUCCAGCUGAAGACGUCGCGGAACAUCGACUGCAGCUGGCCACUUGACGGUCGCAUUGAGAAACGGGGGUCUUGCCGCCUUGCCUCAUCUUGCCUCUCUUCUUUUGCCCAGCGCCGGAUGCCCAAAGCCAAAGCCUCACAGCAGGUUGACCCACAUAUCUCCUUCGGCCAAGGCGCUAGGUGCACAGUCAAAGGUCCGGGAAACCGAGCAAUGCGUAAAGUCUGGAAGUCUGAAAGGGCGCGCUCAGGAGCUACAUACAGCAGCUGUGCAAGUUGGAGUAUUGAAACAGCGGAAGGUGUGGAUGCGCCAAAAUCAGCGGAGUGUGUGGAUGCGCCAAAUUUGAACGGAGUCCUGAAAGGACGAGAGUGA